CUUUGUUGUUGUGAGACGAGUUGUGUCGAUUACGAAUUUCAAAAUACUUAUUUAAUGCGCAGAUUAUAAUAACUUAAUUAAAAUUUAUUCAACGAAAAGAUGUACUAAUUAGUAUUGCUGUUUUCAUUUAGUUGGUAUACUGGCGUAGUGAUACACAUAUACGAGGACGGACGUACUCAAUCUCAGUGAAGAUUAGUUCGUCUGGGCUGGACAACAUCUUUCUUUAUCUCGAAAAUAUGCGAACAGCUACAGUAUUCUGUUUGAAUUGAAUUAGUUUAGAGCGCGCGAUGAUACAAAGCGGUCAAUUUAGCAGAAAUGUGCCGGUGUAGUGAACAGAUAUAAAGUAAAUAGCAAACUUUUUUUUGUGGAAUCUAGUCAGUGAUUUUUUUAAGAAUUGAUAUUGGUUCCGAAUUCAAAAUGAGUUCAGUUGUAUCGGGAUUUGUUCCGGAAUAUUUUUCCUCUAUUAUCGAAGAGCUUGAUGAACAUCCGUGGCUGUUUUCUGCAUUAGCUUCCAUGCUUGUUGGUUUGAGUGGUAUCCUGCCUCUACUAAUAAUUCCGAUAGAUGAAACCGCAUCUUUUCAAGACGGUGCUGGCGCCGCUACCCUUCGGAUACUGCUGAGUUUCGCAGUGGGCGGGCUGUUGGGCGACGUGUUCCUCCACCUUCUACCCGAGGCGUGGCAGUAUGACCUCGCCAACACGCCUGAUGGCGAGCACGUAUCACUUAAAUGCGGCCUAUGGUGCCUAUUCGGGAUGCUAGUCUUCAUCGUGGUGGAGAAACUGUUCGCCACGAGCGACGAGGAAGAUGAUGACAGCAAACCCAAACAGAACGGCGUCACGAAAGAGAUAGAAAUAGAGGAGAUCGAGAAGCUUCUGGAAGUGCAGCGGAAGCUGAGGGGCGCGGGGAGGGGCGAGGGGGUCUGCGGGGGCAACGGGAAGGUGACGGCGAAGCAGCUGUACGACACUUGUGUGUUUAAUAAUAAUGCCGCUGGAGACGGUAUGUGUUGCAACUCUAUGGGAGGCACGAUUGGCUCGGCGCGGUGCAAGAGCAAUAGGUGGAUGGGACGGUGUCUGUUGCGGGAGGCGAAAGAGAAGGCGCUACACGACAGCAAGGAGAAGACAGAGAAGAAAGAUGUGGCAGGCUAUUUGAAUCUGAUGGCGAAUUCCAUCGACAACUUCACCCACGGGUUGGCCGUAGGAGGCUCCUUCCUGGUCGGCUUUAGAGUCGGCCUGCUCACCACAUUCGCUAUACUAGUCCAUGAAAUUCCUCACGAGGUGGGAGAUUUCGCUAUUUUGCUCAAGAGCGGUUUCUCCAGGUGGGAAGCGGCCAAAGCUCAACUGGCGACCGCAUCGGCCGGUCUGGUGGGCGCCAUGACAGCUGUGAUGUUCAGUGGGGCUAGUAACGCUAUUGAAGCGAAAACCUCGUGGAUAGUGCCGUUCACGGCGGGCGGGUUCCUGCACAUCGCGCUGGUGACGGUGCUGCCCGACCUGCUGCGCGAGCCCGACCGCUGGGAGUCGCUGAAGCACCUGCUGGCGCUCGUGGCGGGCAUCGCUGUCAUGGCCUUUAUGACGCACUACUUCUAGAGUUGCUCUUUGUCAAGGCAGAAUUAAUGACGUACUAUUUCUAGAGUUACUCUUUGUCAAGGCAGAAUUAAUGACAUACUAUUUCUAGAGUUACUCUUUGUGAAGGCAAAAAAAAAAAAUACGGUACUGCAAAAUUUUUAUGAGAUUUUAAUAGAGAGUGAUAAAAAUUGUGGAACCGUAAAUCGUUGGGGAUAAUUAAAAUUCUAAUGAGAUUUGUAUGAGAGUGAUAAAAAUUGUUUGUUACGUCAAAUUUGUAUCAACUGUCUUUUAGAGAGCAAUAAAUGGUAGCUAGAAGUCAAUCCGUUACUAGCGCUCGUCGCUAAUAUGAUGCACUGUUUCUAGAAAAAUUCUUUACAAAAUAGUGAAAAUUUACUGGAGAACAUUAUUUUUUUUUUGGGUAUAAAUUAGGUACCUACCUACAUUUAUAUUUUCUCAAAGUUGUUAAAUCUUUUUUUCUGAUUACACCCAUUAACAAAAACAAAUAGGUAACAUCCCAGGUAGUUUAAAUGUUUUAGGUUUUUUUAGAGCCAUUUAAUAUGCCACCUUAUGCUCCAUAACAUAUCGAUAUAAAUUUGAGUGCUUUUUUGAGAACAAAAAAUAACAGAAUUAUUAAUAAAUACAUAUAUCUUUAUUUUGUAAUCCCACUACUCCGGGUAGAAGUCAUGUAAGUAAGACCUAUACAAAUAGAGUGAAAGUCAAAAAUCUAAAUGUAAAUAACAAAAAAAAAGUAUUAUAUAAUCGAAUAUUAGACUGCAAAAAGUUUAGAUGUACUUGUGUAAGAUUAACAAUAUUUUUCUAAAUAUCAUUAAUUUAGUUAAAUGUAAAGAAAAGUCCACAUUGUAAAUAAAUAAUAUAUUUUGGUUAUUAAUUUUUAAAACAACAAUAUUAAUUUCAUUCUAAAUUCACCUUCCUUCAUUAUUUAUUUUAAUUUACAAAAUGGCAUCAGUAAAAUACAAAAAAAUACCAAACUACAUGCAUUUAUAAAAAAUAUUGUCUAAUUAAUAUUGUAAAUUGUAAACUGCAGCUUCAAAAUUAUUUGAAAUUCUAUUCUGAUAUUUAAUAUCAGAAACAGAUAAUGUUAUUAUUGCAUACCUUUAUUUACGUCAUGUAGGAUUUUAUUUCAUUUUUAUUAUUGUUAUAAAACUGCUUUGGACCGCAGGCUUCCGUGCAAGCAUGGAGAUUAGAAAAAUACAUUACUUAUUUAAAAAAAAAAACGUUUUUAAAUCGGAAUUCUCCCUUACCGGUAACAAGCAGUCUCGUUAUAAACUC